AUGACCUCCAGCAACGCGUCGCUGCUCGGGGUCCACGCGUCACUGCUCGGGAUCAACGCGUCGCUGCUCGGGGUCAACAGUUCGCUGCUGGAGGUCAACAGGUCGCAGCUCAGUGUCAGCGAACUGCUGCCAGAGGUCAACGCAUCGACAUGUCUGGCGUAUCAAAGGUCACACGAGGUCACACCGCUGUGGGACUCAGCUUUGCUUCACGACUGCGUCUGCCUGCACGACGACAUCACGCCGCUGGAGUACCGCACGUGGCACUGCUUCGAAACGCCGCCAGACCUGCCGUUCCUGACCGUCGCCUGGGUCGGCUACUCGAUCCUCUUCGUCGCCGGCCUCACCGGCAACACCCUCGUCUGCUACGUCGUCUUUUCCGCGACGCGCAUGCGCACCGUCACCAACAUCCUUAUCGCCAACAUGGCGGCCGGCGACCUGCUCAUUGCCUGCCUCUGCAUGCCCUUCACGUUCCUCCACCUGGUCGUGUUCGGCUUCUGGCCCUUCGGGGACGCGCUCUGUCGCGGCGUGUCCUUCGCGCAGGCGGUCUCUGUCUUCGUGUCGGCGUACACGCUCGUGGCCAUCUCUGCAGACCGCUACACGGCCAUCGUGCACCCGCUGGUGUCGCGCGAGGCGGAGCGCCACUUCGCCAUGCACGAGCACUGCGUCUGCCAGGAGGUGUGGGAGGGGAACGGGCGGCGCUACUACACGGUGGUGGUGAUGUUGCUGCAGUACUUCCUGCCGGUGACCGUGCUGGCCGUGACGUACGGCAGGAUCGCGCUGGAAGUGUGGGGUCGUAGCUCGCCCUUCAUCAGGAGUCAGGAUGUCAGGGAGAUCAGGCUGGCGCGCGCCAAGCGGAAGACCCUUUCCCCGGCGGAGCUGGCAUGA